CGCGGUGAGGGCACCAUGGCGCUGACGCCCCGGAGGGGGCCCUCGGCGGGGCUCGUCCGGCCCGAGCUCUGGCUGCUGCUGUGGGCAGCCGCGUGGCGCCUGGGUGCCACCGCGUGCCCCGCCCUCUGCACCUGCACCGGCACCACGGUGGACUGCCACGGCACGGGGCUGCAGGCCAUCCCAAAGAACAUCCCGCGGAACACCGAGCGCCUGGAACUCAACGGGAACAACAUCACUCGGAUCCACAAGAAUGACUUCGCGGGGCUCAAGCAGCUGCGGGUGCUGCAGCUGAUGGAGAACCAGAUUGGAGUGGUGGAGCGGGGGGCUUUUGACGACAUGAAGGAGCUGGAGCGGCUACGACUGAACCGGAAUCAGCUGCACAUGUUACCAGAACUGCUGUUCCAGAAUAACCAGGCUCUGUCGAGGCUGGACCUGAGUGAGAACACAAUUCAGGCCAUCCCCAGAAAAGCUUUUCGUGGAGCUACAGACCUCAAAAAUUUACAGCUGGACAAGAACCAGAUCAGCUGCAUCGAGGAAGGGGCCUUCCGGGCCCUGCGGGGGCUGGAGGUGCUGACCCUGAACAACAACAACAUCACCACCAUCCCCGUGUCCAGCUUCAACCACAUGCCCAAGCUGCGGACCUUCCGCCUGCACUCCAAUCACCUGUUCUGCGACUGCCACCUGGCCUGGCUCUCACAGUGGCUGAGGCAGCGGCCAACCAUUGGGCUCUUCACGCAGUGCUCGGGGCCCGCCAGCCUGCGUGGCCUCAAUGUGGCUGAGGUCCAGAAGAGCGAGUUCAGCUGCUCAGGCCAAGGGGAGGCAGGCCGAUCGCUUUCCUGCACCCUCUCCUCGGGCUCCUGCCCAGCCAUGUGCACCUGCGGCAAUGGCAUUGUGGACUGUCGCGGCAAGGGCCUCACCGCCAUCCCCGCCAACCUGCCUGAGACCAUGACGGAAAUCCGACUGGAGCUGAAUGGGAUCAAGUCCAUCCCCCCAGGAGCCUUCUCUCCCUACAGAAAGCUGCGGAGGAUAGACCUGAGCAACAACCAGAUUGCAGAGAUCGCGCCCGACGCCUUCCAGGGCCUCCGCUCCCUGAACUCGCUGGUCCUGUAUGGGAACAAGAUCACAGACCUCCCCCGGGGUGUGUUUGGAGGCCUGUACACCCUACAGCUCCUGCUCUUGAAUGCCAACAAGAUCAACUGUGUCCGGCCCGAUGCCUUCCAGGAUCUGCAGAACCUGUCACUUCUCUCCCUGUAUGACAACAAGAUCCAGAGCCUCGCCAAGGGCACCUUCACCUCCCUGAGGGCCAUCCAGACCCUGCACCUGGCGCAGAACCCUUUCAUCUGUGACUGUAACCUCAAGUGGCUGGCGGACUUCCUGCGCACCAACCCCAUCGAGACGAGCGGAGCCCGCUGCGCCAGUCCCCGGCGCCUCGCCAACAAGCGCAUCGGGCAGAUCAAGAGCAAGAAGUUCCGCUGCUCAGCCAAAGAGCAGUACUUCAUUCCAGGCACGGAGGACUACCAGCUGAACAGCGAGUGCAACAGCGAUGCCAUCUGUCCCCACAAGUGCCGCUGUGAGGCCAGCCUGGCUGAGUGCUCCAGCCUGAAGCUCACCAAGAUCCCCGAGCGCAUCCCCCAGUCCACAGCCGAACUACGAUUAAACAACAAUGAGAUUUCCAUCCUGGAGGCCACUGGGAUAUUUAAAAAACUCACUCAUCUGAAGAAGAUCAAUCUGAGCAACAACAAGGUGUCGGAAAUCGAAGACGGGGCCUUCGAGGGCGCAGCCUCUGUGAGCGAGCUGCACCUGACCGCCAACCAGCUGGAGUCCAUCCGGAGCGGCAUGUUCCGAGGUCUGGAUGGCCUGAGGACCCUGAUGCUGAGGAACAACCGCAUCAGCUGCAUCCACAAUGACAGUUUCACGGGCCUGCGCAACGUCCGCCUCCUCUCGCUCUAUGACAACCAGAUCGCCACCAUCUCGCCCGGGGCCUUCGACACCCUCCAGGCCCUCUCCACGCUAAACCUUCUGGCCAACCCUUUCAACUGCAACUGCCAGCUGGCCUGGCUGGGCGACUGGCUGCGGAGGAGGAAGAUCGUGACCGGGAACCCGCGGUGCCAGAACCCAGACUUCCUGCGGCAGAUCCCCCUACAGGACGUGGCCUUCCCGGACUUCAGGUGUGAGGAGGGCCAGGAGGAGGGGGGCUGCCUGCCCCGCCCCCAGUGCCCCCAGGAAUGUUCCUGCCUGGACACGGUGGUCCGAUGUAGCAACAAGCACCUCCAGGCCCUGCCCAAGGGCAUCCCCAAGAACGUCACGGAACUCUACUUGGAUGGGAAUCAGUUCACACUGGUUCCGGGACAGCUGUCCACCUUCAAGUACCUGCAGCUUGUGGACUUGAGUAACAACAAGAUCAGCUCCUUAAGCAAUUCCUCCUUCACCAACAUGAGCCAGCUCACCACCCUGAUCCUGAGCUACAACGCCCUCCAGUGCAUCCCUCCUCUGGCCUUCCAGGGGCUGCGCUCCCUGCGCCUGCUGUCCCUGCAUGGCAAUGACAUCUCCACCCUCCAAGAGGGCAUCUUCACAGACGUGACCUCCUUAUCUCACCUGGCCAUUGGGGCCAACCCUCUGUACUGCGACUGCCACCUCCGCUGGCUGUCCGGCUGGGUGAAGACAGGCUAUAAGGAACCGGGCAUUGCCCGCUGUGCGGGGCCCCCAGACAUGGAGGGCAAGCUGCUCCUCACCACGCCUGCCAAGAAGUUUGAAUGCCAAGGUCCCCCAACCCUGGCUGUCCAGGCCAAGUGUGAUCCCUGCUUGUCCAGCCCGUGCCAGAACGAGGGCACCUGCCAUAAUGACCCCCUUGAGGGCUACAGGUGCACCUGCUCCAGCGGCUAUAAGGGACGAAACUGUGAGGUGUCCCUGGACAGCUGUUCCAGCAGCCCCUGUGGCAACGGAGGGACCUGCCACCCCCAGGAGGGCGACAAUGCUGGCUUCAUAUGUUCCUGUCCCACCGGCUUUGAAGGACCAACCUGUGAGGUGAAUACGGACGACUGUGGGGAGCACGCCUGUGCCAAUGGGGGCGUGUGUGUGGACGGCGUGGGCAACCACAGCUGCAGGUGCCCCCUGCAGUACACCGGAAGGGCCUGUGAGCAGCUGGUGGACUUCUGCUCCCCGGAUUUGAACCCAUGUCAGCACGAGGCCCAGUGUGUGGGUACUCCAGACGGGCCCAGGUGUGAGUGUGCACCAGGUUAUGCAGGUGACAGCUGCAGUGAGGACGAGGAUGACUGCAGGGACCACCGCUGCCAGCACGGGGGCCAGUGUGUGGAUGAAGUCAACAGCUACUCCUGCCUCUGUGCUGAGGGCUACAGUGGGCAGUUCUGUGAGGUACCUUCCCUUGCUCCCGCCCCCAGAAGCCCCUGUGAGGGGACUGAGUGCCAGAAUGGGGCCAACUGUGUGGACCAGGGCAGCGGGCCCGUGUGCCAGUGCCUCCCAGGCUUUGGCGGCCCUGAGUGUGAGAAGCUGCUCAGUGUCAACUUUGUGGAUCGGGACACCUACCUGCAGUUCACGGACCUGCAGAACUGGCCCCGAGCCAACAUCACGCUGCAGGUCUCCACGGCAGAGGACAACGGGAUCUUGCUGUACAAUGGGGACAAUGACCACAUUGCAGUGGAGCUAUACCAGGGUCAUGUGCGUGUCAGCUAUGACCCAGGCAGCUAUCCCAGCUCUGCCAUCUACAGUGCCGAGACAAUCAAUGAUGGGCAGUUCCAUACCGUUGAGCUGGUCACGUUUGACCAGAUGGUGAAUCUCUCCAUCGAUGGAGGCAGUCCCAUGACCAUGGACAAUUUUGGCAAACACUACACGCUGAACAGCGAGGCCCCCCUCUAUGUGGGAGGGAUGCCCGUGGAUGUGAACUCCGCCGCCUUCCGCCUGUGGCAGAUCCUCAAUGGCACCAGCUUCCAUGGCUGCAUCCGAAACCUCUACAUCAACAACGAGCUGCAGGACUUCACCAAGACACGGAUGAAGCCAGGCGUGGUGCCGGGCUGUGAGCCCUGCCGGAAGCUCUACUGCCUCCAUGGCAUCUGCCAGCCCAAUGCCACCCCGGGGCCCGUGUGCCAUUGUGAAGCUGGCUGGGGGGGCCUACACUGUGACCAACCAGCGGACGGGCCCUGCCAUGGCCACAAGUGUGUCCACGGGAAGUGUGUGCCCCUCGACGCUCUUUCCUACAACUGCCAGUGCCAGGAUGGGUACUCGGGGGCUCUGUGCAACCAGGCCGGGGCACUUGUGGACCCCUGUGGGGGCCUGCGGUGCCUCCACGGCCACUGCCAGGCCUCGGCCACCAAGGGGGCACACUGCGUGUGUGACCCUGGCUUUUCGGGCGAGCUGUGUGAGCAAGAGUCCGAGUGCCGGGGGGACCCUGUCCGGGACUUUCACCAGGUCCAGAGGGGCUAUGCCAUCUGCCAGACCACGCGCCCGCUAUCGUGGGUGGAGUGCCGGGGCUCAUGCCCGGGUCAGGGCUGCUGCCAGGGCCUGCGGCUGAAGCGGAGGAAGUUCACCUUUGAGUGCAGCGACGGGACCUCUUUUGCGGAGGAGGUGGAGAAGCCCACCAAGUGUGGCUGUGCUGUCUGCGCGUAGUGCCUGGCUGGACAGGAAGGGGUGCGGUGGGCAAGGGGACACGGCAGCAGCGGAGCCCCGUGGCCUGCAGCCGGGCUGGGGGUGUGGUCCAGUGGAGCGGCUCCUGGGCCAACCUCCCGGAGUAACAGCACUGGG